UAUAAAGCCUUACAACGAAACGUAGUGCAUAACAAUAAUUCAACAUGUUUAAGCUGUUCAUAGUUACCGCUGCUUUAAUUUGGGUAGCUUUGGCUUCCCCUUUGAAAGACACUUGUACUGUCACCAGUUACGAUGCAGUUAGUGCCGCUGUAUCUAGUUGCACCACCCUAGUCAUUAAAGGUAUUACAGUACCAGCUAAUAAAACCUUGACUUUGGACCUAAAAACUGGUGCUACAUUGACCUUUGAAGGAACUAUUACUUUUACACACUCAAACUGGAAGGGUCCUUUAGUUGAAGUUUCAGGAAGUAAGGUCACUGUUAAAGGAGCUUCAGGAUCAGUACUUGAUGGUUUGGGUGCUAAAUAUUGGGAUGGACAGGGAGAUAAUGGAGUAACUAAACCAAAAUUCUUUAAAAUUAAAACUACAGGAGGAUCACUAUUCGAUAAUAUUAAAUUGCUGAACUGCCCAGUCCAGUGCGUGUCGAUUAACGGUGCAAGCAAUACUGUCUUAAAUAAGUGGACUAUCGAUAUUUCUGCUGGAGAUUCUGUAAGUAUUUUCCAAAUAAAUGUUCUAGUUUACCACAUUUUUAUUUUUCAGGCUGGCGGUAAAAAUACUGAUGGAUUUGAUGUUUCAAGCUCUACAAGCAUUACAGUUCAAAACAGCCAAAUCCAUAACCAAGAUGAUUGUGUAGCUGUAAACCAAGGAUCACAUAUGAUCUUUAAAAACUUAACAUGUACUGGUGGUCAUGGACUUAGUUUAUCAGUAGGUCAAAGUUCCAGUAGUGGCAGUGCCAAUACCGUCAAUAAUGUAACUUUCACGGACAGUAGCGUCUUGAACUCCAGAAAUGGCAUUCAUGUUAAGACCCAUAGUGAUGCUGGCACUGGUUCUAUUAAUCUUGUCACCUAUAAAAACAUUCAAUUAUCAGGUAUUACAACCUAUGGAAUUAAUGUCCAACAAGACUACAAAGAUGGAAAGUCAACGGGAAGUCCAACCAAUAAUAUACCAAUCACUAAUUUAAAUUUGCAAGGUGUUACUGGAAGCAUGAGUGGCGGUUCCAGUAGCAUGCCAGUUUUUAUUUUGUGUGGAAGCAAAGGUUGUUCCAGCUGGACCUGGUCUACAGUAUCUAUAACUAAUGGAAAGAAAUCUAAUAGCUGUAAUUUUACGCCCUCUGGGUUUUCAUGCUAG